AUUAAAAAAAGGAUUAAUUUUCCAAUGUUGAGACAAAGACGCAUUUGCCCUGCGCACUGCAUUCAUGAAUAAACACUAUAUAACUAUAAGUCCCAUAUCUGUCGAACAGAAGAAGCCUAAACCCCACUAAAAAUUAAACAACCUUUCCAUGGCAUCCACUUCCGGUGAACCCAACGCAGCGGAGACCGGCGACCGAGGCGGCGCCACCACACUCUCCGACGUCCCCGGAGACGUAAUCCAGGCCCACAUCCUGACGCGCCUGGACGGCCCCGCCCUGGCCGCCGCGGCGAGCACGUGCUCCCAGCUCCGCGGCCUGUCCUCGCAGCCGCACCUCUGGGCCCACGCCUGCCACGCCAGGUGGCCCUCCACGCUCUCGCCACGCGUCCGCCACGUCAUCUCGACGUUCCCCAACGGCGCACGCUCUUUCUUCGCCGACACGUUCCCCUCUCCGAAACCAGCGAAACUCCCUCCAAAUCCCGACCGCACAACGGAGCUGAUCUCGGCCGUUGAUCUCUUCCUCGGGCCGCGCGUUAUAUUUUCCAAGGUGGUGGAGACGGAGACCGUGACCGGGUGGUUCCGGUGCUCCCCGUUUCGGAUUGACAUGGUUGGGGAGAAGGAGGCGGUGCGGGCGGGGGUGGGGUUUCCGGUUGACGAGGAGACGUGUCGGGAGCUGAGGCUGAGCUGGAUUUUGGUGGAGGCGAAGGGGAGGCGCGCGGCGGAUGUUUCGAGCGGGAGGGCGGUGGAGGUGCGGCGGCAUUGGCUGAGCGGGGAGGUGGAGGCGAGGUUUGCGACGGCGGUGGCGGAGGGGGCGGCGGUGUGCAGCGCGGUGGUGAGGUGGGGGCCGGAGAUGGAAGUGAGGGAGGUGAGUCUGCAGAUGGAGGACGUGGAUGGGGUGCAUAUGGUUGGGAGGGACAGUUUGGUAAUUUUGGAAAAGGUGCUUGAGGGUGAGAGGAAGGGGAAGAAAGAGCUAGAGGGUGGAGAAGGGUAUAGGGAGUUUUUGAAGAGGAAGAAAGAGAGGAAAGAGUGGAAGGUUAGGGCUGAAGGGAGGUUGGAUAUGCUCUGUGUGGCUUUCGCCAUCUUUGCUACUCUUAUGGCUUCUCUUUUCCUUUUCUCCAAAUCCAACUAGUUACUUACUCACAACUCGCAACUGCACUCACAUUAUAUUUUUCCUCUUUCUACUACAGGUGCAACACAACGUUAAUGGUCGGGGAUUUGUGUUGUGGUCGCUCAUAGUACUUACACUAGAAAAGAAAAUUACUAUUUACUAUAUUAUAUAAAGGAAAAGAGUAAGAUUAAUAGAAUAAAUAAAAUGUUUUUAGCAGACACAGAGAACAGAUGAUACUGAUUAGAAUGGUUUGUUUAUUUAUAUAUAUAUAUAUAUAUAUAUAUAUGUAUGUAUAUGUUUUCAUACUAAUUAAUGGGAAAAAAUGUAUAUAGAAAUCCACAUUAUUUGGAUUGAUAGAAGAAAAUGGUAUAUGUGUGAA